AUCAAUAUGUGACCCCGAUAAGAGUAGGCCUACAGGUGUCCUCAUGAGGACAUGACCCUAUUAGGUCUAAGGUGAAUGACUGAUACACAUCCGCUGUUCUUUCUCAGAAAUUCAUUCUUCAAGCAGACUGACAAAUGUCUGCUGAUCUCAGUAUUUCAGCCGAUAUUUUGAAGAAAAUUCUGCAAGCAUACAAGGCGAAUACAAACCAUGCUUCGAAGAGCAAAUCUGCCACUCCUAAAAAAAUUGCCAUUAAGUUGGAAAUCCGGAGAAAGGCGUCUAAAGAGUUCUGCGGCUCUCUCCUCGGCUUACAUCACCAGUGCACAGGCCGCGAAUCGGCGGGCAAGAGUCGCCCUAGCUGCAGCAUACCGUGGCCUCGACAAGCUAGGUUUGAAUGAAGGAGUUUGUAAUCACCUAACUUUGAGGGCGCCUGCCGCCAAUGGAGAGGGCGAAGUGAUGUUGCUUAUUCCCUAUGGACUUCAUUGGUCUGAGGUGACGGCAUCUUCAUUGAUUGGUCUUGAUGAGAAUAACGCUGUGAUUGAAGGUGACGGACCAUCCGAGAUAUCCGCGGCUUCCAUACACCGGGGCAUUCACAACGCUAGAAGUGAAGAUGUCUCAUGUGUGAUGCACACACACAUGCCUUACGCCACCGCACUGUCGGUUUUACAUGAUCCCACUCUUCGCAUGUGUCACCAAAAUUCCCUCCGAUUCUACGAGAACAUUUCCUAUGACACGGACUACCAAGGUCUUGCUGAGAAUGUCGAUGAGGGAGACCGCAUGGCAAGGGCACUGGGCAAAAACGACGCCAUGAUAAUGAGGAGUCACGGGGUCAUGGUCGUAGGUCCAACUGUCGCUGCAGCCUUUGACACAAUUUACUACUUGGAGAGGGCCUGUCAAGUACAGGUUAUGGCAAUGUGGACGGGAGAACCACUAGUUGAAAUAGAAGAAGAAAUGUGCAAAAAAUCGAAGGCAGUCAUCGACUGUAUUAAAGAUGAGUAUUCAAGGGCUUACUUUGACAGCAUGCUGCGACGUUUACGUAAAGAAUGUCCAGAUUUUGAAAAUUGAAGAUAAAGCUUCUCGUUUUGCUUGACAACAGAAGCAACCGUGAUUCUGAAAAGCAACGUUACCACGACGACAAAAAGUAAACUAAUCAAUAUUAUUUGUGAUACAGUUUGUUGUAUUUAGUCCUUAUUAGCCCUUGUAGUCGAUUGCGGACUGUCUUGCAAACUGAAGGCGAUGUUUGAUUCACAACUAACCUGCAUGGUUUUGAACUUCU